AUGCCUAUCGCCCACCGCUUUCACCUGAUGCGGGAAAAGCACCCAGAGAAGUUCAACAGCAGGUACAACGUUAAAUAUGUGGACAUGCAGUCCAACAACAAAAAUGUCAUGGGGGUCGUUGCUGGAUUUCGAGUGCGAAUCACCGAUGAAAACAAGCUGUGGUACUUUGAGUUUGGCACCACAGAGACCAUCUCAGCCACCUGUAAGAAGCUUAAUGAAUGCAUCGAAGUGGAGUGCGAUGGGAUCAUCUUGGAUCUCAGCAACACGUCCCUGGAGGGCAUCGCUGUGCUCAACAUUCCCAGCAUGCACGGCGGCUCUAACCUGUGGGGCGAGACCAAGAAGAGGCGGAACUACAACCGCAUGAGCAAGAAGGUUCCGGACCGAGCGCAUAGCAGCACCGUCACCGAUGUGAAGGAGCUCAAGUUCUGUGUGCAGGACCUGAGCGACCAGCUGCUGGAGGUGGUGGGUCUGGAGGGGGCCAUCGAGAUGGGACAGAUCUACACGGGGCUGAAGAGUGCCGGGCGAAGGCUGGCUCAGUGUGCCAGCGUCAUCAUCAGGACGUCCCGGCUGCUGCCCAUGCAGAUUGACGGAGAGCCCUGGAUGCAGCCCCCCUGCACGGUCAGGAUAACGCACAAGAACCAGGUGCCCAUGUUACUGGGACCGCCUCAGAAGACGCCCUUCUUCUUCUUCAAGAAACGCAACAGGAGCCGCGACUAGGAGCCAAACACUCUCCACACACACACACAUACAAACAUACACCAAUACACACACACACACACACACACAAAGCUCCCCCCCCCGCAGCUCUGACAGACGACGGUUAUACUGUUCUCGGAUUGGAAUACCGAACUGGGUCGCCAGUUUUGUCAAACGGAUUCCAUUCCGACUGGAAAGGUUUCCCAGUGUCUAUGUCCCCGGCGUACAUUUCAUUCCCAAAAGAAAAGAAAAUGAAAGCGCUCACGCAGGUAUACUGACUUAUUAGCCUACUAUGUAACAGUCGUUUUCUAGUCCUCCCUCUCCGGAGGCGAUGACCCUACCAGGGACCAAGUCCAAACGCUCCGUCCCCCCUAGCAACAAGGCCAACAUUUGGCUACAAGCUCCACCCCUCGGAGUGGAAGGCCACAGCAUUCAGCCAUGGGCAAGUACUAACACCAGCCUCCUUCCAUCAUUGCACCUCCGACUGAACCAGGAUGAGCACCAGAAAACGGACGGCUAGCGAGAGAGACAUUGGGACAGGGGUGUAUGUCGAAUGGUUUCAAGAUGGAGAACAUACCAGGUGGAGGAGAGCGACACUUGCAACGAAAAGGAAAAGGAGAGACGGAGCCCUGAGAAUGGUGGUGA